GAUGAUAAGGAAAACAAGCAUGGCACAAAGAUAAAAUAUUAACGUUCUCCUCCCCCAAAUUGUUGGUUCAAUUAAAAUGUCGGUUAUCGCAUUCAAAGAGAUCUUCAAUUCAUCAUCCGGUGGAAGUGAAAAAACCUACAGUUUCACGGCCUUUCUAAUUCACGGCUUAUUGGGUUGCGGAGAUGACUUUGCAGAUUUCGCCAACUCCCUCGUUACUUCUCUCUCUACUGAUUGGAGGAUGGUUCUUGUGGAUUUGAGGUGUCAUGGGAACUCAACUGAUCGAGAAGGUUUAGCCCCACCUAAUGACACUGCAAAUGCUGCUAGAGAUUUGGCAAACCUCGUGAAAUCUCUUGAUUGGGAUUGGCCAGAUGUUGUUAUCGGCCAUUCUUUAGGUGGUAAGGUGGCCUUGCAAUAUGCUUUAAGUUGUGCUAAUGGUGAUUAUGGUGAUUCAGCACAAUUGCCUAAACAGGUAUGGGUAAUAGAUGUUGGGCCUGGAAAAGCCGAAGAUAAAAGUCAAUAUCAAGAACUGGUGGAUGCGUUGCAAAAGUUGCAUACACUUCCGUCGCUUUUCCCAUCACAAGAGUGGUUGUUGAAUCAGAUGAUUGAUCUUGGGUUUCCAAAGUUCUUAUCAGAGUGGAUAAGCAACAGCCUCAAGAAAUCAGGAGAAUACAUGACAUUUUCAUUCAAUAUUGAUGGUGCUAUACAGCUGUUCGAAUCCGCCGUAGAAAGUGAUUAUUGGUCAUUGCUUGAGGAAACUCCAAAGGGAAUGGAGAUAGCUAUAGUGCGUACUGAAAGCCAACUCUCGUGGACUCAGGAUGUGGUAGAGAGGCUCGAGAGUCUUGCUAGCCGAGAAAGUGAUGAAUCAAGAGGCAAAGUCUUGGUUUAUGUUGUUUCCGAUUCUGGACAUUGGAUUUACAAGGAUCAACCAGAGAGGCUAUUGGAGAUUAUGACCCCAAAAAUAGCCUCUUUGGUUCAUUUCAAGUUGUAAAAUUUCUUUAAUAUGUACACAUAUAAAAAUACAAGUAUGUUGACUAGUAAUAUUUUUUGUUUAAAUA